AUAAAUUUAAUUUAUUUUUCAAUGCCAAUGUUGUAUUUUUCACAUAAUGAAUCUUCACCUUUUGAUUGUGGGAAUUGUGUCGUUAUAUUAUUUUGGUGUUUGUCCUUGUUUUAACGAUGAGGACUUAGUAGAGAACUUUGCCAUUUGUGUAAUGUACAAUAUGGAAUAGAUGCCAAUGGUGAGGUGGAGUGGAUCUAUGGACGGAUUGAUGCUUCUUUUUAAAGGCAUUUGUUUGAUUUAGAUCAAAGGAUGGAUGUUUGUUUAAUGUGUGGUGCUAGGAGGCAAUGAAGAGACAUGAUUGCCUGUAAUUUAAUGGAGGAUAUGACAUCACAAAGAGUUAAAUUUGUGAAAGGGAUAUGGCUAGUGAAGCUUAAGUAAUUGAGUAGGAGGUUUUACAGACUUGUUUUCCACAUCGAGCGUAGGGUUAACUGGAAGUACAUGAAUAUUUAUUGAAUGGAUUUUGCUUUUACUCGUCUUUAGCUGGCAGAGCCUUCACCAACUACUGGUUCUCUCAUUAAGCCUCAAGCAGUGCAUGCCUCUGGUGCUUCUUCUACAUAUUCGGCAACUGCUGUGUGUUCUAAUGCUUUUGAUGAAAGAAAUCCUAGCUGCUUUGAGUUUAGACCGCAUCCUAGAUCAAAUAUGGCUCCUGCAGAUUUAAACCAUCAGAGAAGUGAACAAUCUCUACCCGUCCAAGGUCAAUACCCGACUAUAUCAUUCAAUUCAUCAGCUUCAGUUAAGAGUGAGAUGGCAGGCUCCUCAAGUGAGUUGAGUCUUUCAGUACCUGUUCAUACAGCUACUUCUGUGGCUGGUGCUCCUGCUGAAGUUGACAUAGACGAAUUAAACCAGAUAGGGAACCCAAAUAGUGGGCUGCAGUCAGGGCAGUCUGAUCAUAGAGGAGGUGGUCCAUCCGUGUCAUCUGAUGAUGGAUACAACUGGAGAAAGUAUGGACAGAAACAUGUUAAAGGAAGUGAAUUUCCACGCAGUUAUUACAAAUGUACACAUCCUAAUUGUGAAGUGAAAAAGCUAUUUGAGCGAUCUCAUGAUGGUCAGAUUACGGAGAUAAUAUAUAAAGGUACACAUGAUCAUCCUAAACCUCAACCUAGCCGCCGGCAUUCUUCUGGUAAUAUCAUGUCUGGCCAAGAAGACAGUUCUGAUAAGGUCUCAUCUUUGAAUGGUAGAGACGACAAGUCAUCCAGCAUGUAUGGCCAGACAGCUCAUAUUAUUGAGCCAAAUAGUACUGCAGAUCUAUUGCCUGUCACAGCAAAUGAUGAUAAUGUAGAUGAGGUUGAUGAUGAUGAUCCAUUCUCAAAGCGAAGGAAGAUGGAUGGUGGAGUUGAUAUCACUCCUGUGGUGAAGCCAAUCCGAGAACCGCGUGUUGUUGUUCAGACUCUGAGUGAAGUUGAUAUACUGGAUGAUGGGUAUCGAUGGCGCAAAUAUGGGCAAAAAGUAGUGAGAGGAAAUCCUAAUCCUAGGAGUUACUAUAAGUGCACAAAUGCUGGUUGCCCUGUUAGAAAACACGUUGAGAGGGCAUCUCAUGAUCCAAAAGCUGUUAUAACCACGUAUGAGGGAAAACACAAUCAUGAUGUACCUACUGCUAGAAGCAGUAGUCAUGAUAAAGCAGGACCAGUAGCUGUGAAUGGUUCAUCGAGGAUUAGAUCAGAAGAAAAUGGUGCCAUUAGCCUUGAUCUUGGUGUUGGGAUUUGUUCUGCUCCUGAAAGUAGUUCGAACAAGCAUCGACAAUUCCAUUCUGAACUGGGCCAAAGCCACCCACUGACUGGUGGUUCUAGUUUCAAGUUGAAUCAAGCGAGUCCAAUGACAGCAUAUUAUGGUGUUCUAAAUGGUGGCAUGAAUCUAUACGGAUUUAGGGAAAAUCCAAAUGAAGGUCGUGGUGUUGAAAUUACACACCUUAAUUAUUCUCAUGCAUUUCCACAGAGCAUUGGAAGAAUACUAACGGGUCCAUAAAUCUGUAAACAAUGAAGGUUACAAGAAAUAAACAUGUACGACAGGAUUUCUUUUUUCCUUCUUUUUGGCUGGUAAAAGAAAAGGUUAGAAUUGUAUUCUGAAAAUAUGGAUUGUUCUACAUAUAUAUACGUAUAUUAUAUUAGUUUACUGUCUGA